CAGACCUUUGCCCUUCCUCAAGCAUGGAUACCUUGAAAACUACCUAUAGCCACCGGGAUAUAGAACCUAUUUAUGUGGGUGGAACCUCGGCUACCAUUUCUGCUGACGGGCUGAUCUUGGCCACGCCUUUGAACGAGGACGUAGUUAUCACCAGUUUAGAUACUAACGAGAUCCUCCACAAGAUCGAGGGAGAUGGUGAAACCAUUACAAAUCUCGUUAUUACACCCGAUGGAUCCAAGUUGGCAAUUUUGUCGCAGUCCCAGCAAUUGCGUAUAUUUGACUUGGACAAGCUGGAAAUCACUAAAACCUUUAAAAUGCCAUCUCCAGUAUAUAUCUCUUCAGUCGAUUCCACAUCUUCCCUAUUUGCUUUCGGAGGUUCGGAUGGUGUUAUCACUGUUUGGGAUAUCGAUGGUGGAUAUGUGACGCAUUCUCUCAAAGGACACGGAACCACCAUCUGUUCGUUAAUAUUCCACGGCCAGUUGAACUCUACCGAAUGGAGAUUGGCUUCUGGUGAUACUAUGGGUACAGUUAAAGUAUGGGACUUGGUAAAAAGAAAAUGUCUCACAACAGUUAAUGAACAUAAUACAGCAGUCAGAGGCGUUGGCUUCGACAGUUUGGGCCAACAUUUCAUCACUGGUGGAAGAGACAAUGUAGCAAUCAUCUAUAACACGAAAAACUAUAAGCCAGUGAACACCUUUCCAAUCAACGAACAGAUCGAAUGUGCUGGUUUCAUCACCAUUUAUGACAGGGAAUUCUUCUACACCGCUGGUUCUGAAAAUAUCUUGCGACUCUGGAGCAUUGCUACUGGUACAUUGGUGGCCAGCUCAAAAGCUUCGUUAAAGACAAAUGAAGAAUUGAUCAUAAUAGAUGUCUUAAAGUUGGAAAACAAUGACUUGGUCUUAGUAGUAAGUGACCAGACGUUGAUUCAUUUGGAUUUACAAGAGCUUGAUUUCGACAAUGGUGAAACUGUAGAAAUUCCUGUAGCCAAAAGAAUUGCAGGAAAUCAUGGUAUCAUUGCCGAUAUCAGAUACGUGGGAGAAAAGUUCAACUUGAUAGCAUUAUCCACCAAUUCGCCAGCAUUGAGAAUAGUGGACCCAUUAAAGCCAUUGGAAUUGAGAUUAUACGAGGGCCAUACCGAUUUGCUCAAUGCUAUGGAUGUCUCUACUGAUGGAAAGUGGAUAGCUACUGCUUCUAAGGAUAACGAAGCCAGAUUAUGGAAAUGGGAUGAAGAACAAGAUGACUUUGUUCCUUUUGCAAAAUUUCAAGGUCAUGCUGGAUCAGUCACAGCUGUGGCAUUAUCCAAAGCAGAAAACACACCCAAGUUCUUGAUUACUGGAUCCAGUGAUCUUACUAUCAAAAAAUGGAAGAUCCCAGCUACUGCCGGAUCUACUGUCAAGACAUCCGAAUAUACCAGAAGAGCUCACGAUAAGGAUAUCAACUCUAUAGACGUAGCGCCAAACGAUGAGUACUUUGCAUCUGCAUCAUAUGAUAAGUUCGGUAAAGUAUGGAACACUGCUAGCGGAGAAACUAUAGGUGUUUUGAAAGGUCACAAGAGAGGAUUGUGGGAUAUUAACUUCUACAAAUUCGACAAGCUCAUUGUCACUGCAAGUGGUGACAAGACUCUCAAGGUAUGGUCCUUGAAUGACUUCACCUGCGUCAAAACUUUUGAAGGCCAUACCAACUCCGUGCAGAGAGCCAAAUUUUUCAAUAGAUUCAGCCCACAGUUGCUUUCAACUGGUGCAGAUGGUUUAGUUAAGGUUUGGGACUACAAGAGCGGAGAAAUCAUAAAAACGCUCGAUAACCACGAAAAUAGAAUUUGGUCUAUCGAUAUUAAAGAAGAUGGUAAUACUUUUGUCACUGCUGAUGCUGAUGGUAAAUUGAGUGAGUGGGACGACAAUACGGCAGAAGAAAUCAGACUUAGGGAACAACAAGACAAGUUCAAGGUUGAACAAGAACAAAACUUGUCCAAUUAUAUCAGUAAUAGAGACUGGCCAAAUGCUUUUUUGUUGGCAUUGACGUUGGACCACUCUAUGAGAUUGUACAAUGUCGUCAAGUCUUGUAUUGAAGCCAACGAAGAUCCUAAUUCAGCUAUUGGCUCAGAGCCAUUGGAAGAAACUAUCAUUCAGUUAUCUGACGAGCAAUUGUUGAAGUUAUUCAAGAAAGUCAGAGAUUGGAACACCAACUUCAAGUUCUUUGAAAUUAGUCAAAAAUUGAUUUCUGUUCUCAUGUCCAACAUCGAAACUGAAAGAUUGAUAGAAAUACCAGGCUUGAUGAAAAUCAUCGAGGCACUCAUUCCAUACAACGAACGUCAUUACAAUAGAAUCGACGACUUAAUAGAGCAAAGUUACAUCUUGGAUUACGCUGUGGAGGAGAUGAACAAAUUGAUAGCAUAG